CCCACCACGCGUGUUGUUGUAGGUACACAGGCAUGAUUGUUAUUUCCGUCAGGGUCACCUGUAAAUACAAACACAUGGUCGGGUGAAUUUGUGGUAUGUAAGUCGGUACGAGAAGAAACAAACAGGUCUGUCGAAUGUAGGAUACACGUGCCUUGGGUCGUGUUAUACAGAUAGUAAAUACCUGGCAAUCUGUUAAUUGCGGCCUCAAGACUAGGAUCAAAAGAGUAAAUACUACGUGCCGAUCGUAGUGUCUGGUUAUCAGGUUAUUUGGUUUGAGGUGACAGAUUAUUUACUAUUAUUUUUGCUGUCAUCUGCUGUACUGGCGUAAUAUUGGGACGUGGACUUGAGUCUAAUUCCGUGAUUUGGAGUAAACUUAAAAUUCAAUUGGAAACAAAAAUUAAACGCCGGGACAACAAGACGAUACCGAGUGAUCCAGUUGCUGUAACUGUUUCGACGAUGGAUCCUAAAGAAAAUAACGGGGAACAUGCACAUGUACACUUUGAGGCAGAACAGGUUAAGGCCCAUGACCUUGAGAUCCAGCUGAAGUAUGUGAGUGAAGGUCGCGUAGAAGUACACCUUGGUUUCCUCCAGAUGUUCCACCACUAUACAGUCAAGUUCUGUAUCCAGGACAGACUCAGUGAGGACAUUGUGGCAGACCCAUCAAAAAAUCUUUAUGUCCACCUCAAAGAGUAUAGUCCUACAGAGGAUGGUCUAGGCCACAACAUAGAGGUGGAAUUUCAUGCAAUCAAGGAAAAGCUGAUCAAUGAAACAUUGACGAUAAAAAGCAGCACAGAUCAAACUCAGACACUGGACCUAUUGUUUAUGGCCAGAGUCCUAGGAAAAGGAAAAGGUGUUCCAGCAAUCAAGAAUGGCAUUCAUUGCUAUAAGAUGGACACAGAAGAUGACACAGAUGCCCACAGUGACUGGCAGGGCUUUUAACUAAAACAACUGAUCUUUGGUAUUUAACGAUCUGUGUUUUUUAUUGGUGCUUUAAUUGUCAAGAAAUCAAAUAUUUUCUUCUUUGACUGUUUUAUGGGAAUGUAUGAUAUUUGUCUUGUUUACAAGACAGAAACGACCCACCUUUCAAUGAUGUGUCCAGAUACCUGAUUAUAAAUCUGACAUGCUCUUAACGUAGGCAACAAGCUUUAAUGGAAGCAGAAGUCUUGAGAAAAAAAACCAAUUAACGAUUUUUGUUAAAAAGACGAUCUAUUUCAGGCUAAAGAGACAUGGUCUUUAGGGGACCCUAACCUCUGUGUUCUUAUUGUAUUGACUGCCACUAAUAGUGGCCUAGCUUCCAUGCAUGCUUUUAUGCUUGUCCAUUAUAACUGAACAAAAGUCCUUUUGUUUAUGAUGAAGUGGAGAUAUUCAGAACAUCCUCCAUAGGAUCUCUUUGAGAAAAUUGCACCCCUGGUUUGGUGCACCCUUCAACUAUUAUUUUCUUUUAUUGGGGCAGCUCUGGCAGAGAUAAAUAAGUAACCUUUCCAUGCAUGUAUGAAAAGUAUGUGGACAUGUUCCUGUAUGCAAGGAAAACUUGAGUGCCUACCUUGGAGGAUGUUCUGGCUAUUUCUGUUGCAUCAAAAGUGUUUUUAAAGAAAAAAAAUAUUUUGACUAGCAUGUAUACAAAUUAUAAAAGUCAAGAAGGUUGAAUUUUAUCAAUUAGCAGACAUGAAUAUAUUAAAACAAUUAAUUCAUGAUUAUUGUUCUCUUAAGCAGCAUUCAGAAAUGGUUGUUUCCUAAUUUAACUUUAUUUUCCUAAUUAAAUUUACCCUAAAUUGUCAAUAGUUUAGAACAUUACAGGACAAACUUGUAAACUAUGUCCAUCUAAGUAAAACUUGUUGUCGAUUUUAUGAAUUGUGUUUUCAUCCAAUCUUAUGAACUUUUAGAGGCUUCUUAUCAUAGUCUUAAAACUGGGAUUACCUCCUGUGGACAGAGUUCAUCAUGUGUAGCCUCCUAGCUAUGCUGGGUUCACUGACCUCUGGGUAACUCAUCAGCUGACCUCUGAUUCACUGAGCUUACCCAGGAUUUGCAGACUUUGGAUUUUGCUGACCUUGAACUAAUGCUUCAUGCUCUCCAAAGUUGUAAGGUUAUGAUGAUGUUCCUAAUAUGAGUAACAAGGAACUGCUGAUGUUUGUUUUUCAAACAGAAUCUAACUUGACACCAACGAGAGACAUAAAAGGCCAUAUAUGUCUCAGCACCACUAUGCUUCAAAAGCAACAAAUAUCUACCAAAAUUGUACUCAAUAAUUCCCUUUAUAAUUUGGUUAUAAUUUCUAUUCACUGUAAAUGGUUGAAACUGUGACAUAGUGCACACUUCUAUGUUAAUCUAAGCCGGUGAGUUAAUGAUAUUCAAAAGAUUGAAUAGACAAGUCUAUAACAAUGUGUUUUAUGUUGUCCUGUGUAUUACUGUUGUAUUUAUGAUAUGGGACCCCUGUUUUUAUCAUUUUUAAAAACACCAGUUAUACUAUAUUAUAAAGUGUAUAAUUAUUUUUCAUUAAUAAUAAGUUGGUGUUGCUUUAUAUGUAAUGCAUAAAUGAUAUUAGCUUACCCAAGGUUCAAGCUCUUACUUGCUCAAUUCCAUUGUGGCCUUAUCAGUUACUUGUUUCGGCACAUUAUCAAAUGUUAACAGAUUACCGUAUUAAAGGAUUUUUGCACUCAAAAAUGUGCAAUAAAGAACAGUUGAUUUAGCGCAGAAUGAAAAGCCCUAAAAUAACUUUACCACUAAAAUAUGUACACCUAGGCUAUUUGAAAUAACAGCUCAAAGGAGGUACUAGCUAUAAGUGAUGUUGAUAUAAUAGCCCAGUAAUGAUACUUGCUGUAAAUUCCAUUUUUUUAUGC